AUGUCUAGUUGGCAGUGGGCUGCAUUGGCGAAGCCACGAACAUCGAGCAGAAUAUUGUCAACGGGCUCGCCUUUCAACUGGACAACGCUUCAUGCAAUCUCAAAGUCGCUCUCGGAACAUACACGAGGCCCGGCAGUAACUCACGAUGGCACCUAUUCUGAAUCGGGCCAGGCAGCGGUCCUACUGCCAUUAGUGAACAUUAACAAUAAACCAGCAGUAUUGUUUCAAGUGAGGGCCAAUCUCCGUGCGCACAAGGGAGAAGUGAGCUUUCCUGGCGGCAAAAAAGACGACGACGACAAAGAUCUUGAAGAGACUGUCAAGAGGGAGACGCGCGAAGAGAUUGGAAUCUCUUCAGAACGACUGCAUCUUUUGAGUGCAUUUGGACCUCCUGAGAAAAGCAUAGCUGGAACGAUUGUAUUUCCAUACGCGGGUUUCCUCUCGACGAGUAUCCUACCAACCAACAUAAAUGAUUCCUCACCACUUGCGAACACACUCAUAGAAGACCUCGACAUUAAUACUGCAGAGGUCGCGAUGAUGUUCCACCUCACCCUGGAAGAAUUGACGGACGAACGUCGUCUAACGCGGCACAAUUUCCGUGGAAGGCCGCCGUACUGGUGUGUGAAUGUGUCCGACAAAGUUCCAGAAGAGUAUUGGACGACCCCACGAGUCCUUCCGGACGAACCAUCUCUGGAGGAGGGUGGCGUCGACCGAGGAAGGCGACUAGAGAUUUGGGGCCUAACGGGAUGGUACUUGCAUCUCUUUAUGCGCACUGUCGGCCUAUGGUGA